GGUUUAUAAAAAUGCAAGUCGGCUAACUUCGCAACGGUUUAGUUUGUCAACAAAUUGUAUUAGUAUUUAGUAUUAGUAUUAGCAAGCCAAUACGCACGGAAGAAUUAGAAUGGUAAUUAUUUUUUUAUAAAAUGGUCUUACCAUUAUCACAUUUUUUUAUUUAAAAAAAAAAGAGUUUGGAUAUUGCUCAUAAGCCAAACUGAGUCGAUUGUAAUUAAAAGUCUACCAAAGUUUUAUUCAAUAAAGUUUUACGCCAGCCAACGCGUGUCGUGCCAUACUCAUGCUCAUUUACAUUAGUUAUUAGGGUUCGUCCAUUAAUUACUUCAACAGUUUUUAAGUAAUUUUUGACCCCGUCCCACACUCUUGUCAACAACUUUCAAUGACCCCCCUCCCCCCCAUUUAAUUAUGUCAAUAUUUCUCUCCCAUAUAUAUAUUCAAAUUUUUCCCCCCCCCCCCCCCCCCCGCGUAAAAAAUGAAUAAUAUUAUAAAUAAAUGUAUAAAUACAUUUUACUUUCUGCGGAUCUAUUUUAAUGACAAUAAAAUUGUAGGAAAAACAUUUCAUUACAUAUUUAGCUUGAUAAUCAACAAGUUAAAAAGUUUUUAUACUUAAAUAAUAAAUAAUGCAGAAUCAAUUGAAAGGUUGUUAAAGACUAAAUAUCAUUGUUUGUGGUAUAAAUUAUAAAUAUGAUUAUUGUCAGUAAAGCUGACAAUUAUGGUACAGUUUCUAGCUGCUAUCAUCUGCCCAAGGAAUAGCCAGGUUUGCUUUAUCGUAACAAUGGGCAUCAGGGACAUCAUUUGGGUAGGGCAGGGAAGCAUUUGCCCACCCCCUAAUUUGCAUGUUUUAUUUAAAUUGCUAUGUGCUGUGGGGCCUCCAGUAAUAAAAAACUUAACAAGCUGACCAACUUUUGCUUUUCCCCCCCACCCCCUGAAAAAAACAUGAAAUGAAGCCCCUGAUUGGGCAUAGCUGAUUUAUAAUUUUCAUCUUGUGGCACUGAUAUACCAGACAAAUCAACAUCAUCCUCAUCUAACCAUUCAGCACUUAAAAUAGAAGCAUUGUCUGUGCAAGCAAUAAUUGCCAUAAGCUCUCUCUAUCUCCUUGCAGCUACUUGCAUUGGUCAAAUCUUUUUUUGUUGAAAAGCAGGUGCUAAUUUCUUAUGCUCAAGAGGGCAUUGUCGGUUCUGUUGAACAUGCUUUUUCAACAUUACUUGUGAUGCAAAAUAGAUGUUACAGAUUUUUUAAAUCCAUUCAAGCAGUGAUGUUAUUGUUGUUAUUCACUUUACAUUGACCUAAUUUUCAAAAUAUCGUAUUCCUACUCUAUCAAUAUCAUUAUCUUGACUGCACAACACACUUGAACCUUGUCCUUAUUCCAUACCUGCAACAGAAUCUAGAGGUGAAGAGAAGCCAACUUUUGACCUCCCUUGCACUAACAAAGUGUGCUAACAUUCUGACCAGCCAUUAAUUAUUGACUCUGGCCAUCAAAAUACUAUUAUCAAAAUACUAUCAUUAUAAUUUAUUAUUUUCAAUGAGUAUUACUAUUAUGCCUAAUAUUGAUUAAAAUUGAUUCAUAUUAUAAUAUUUAUUAGUAGACUAAUAAAUAAUAAAUAGUUUAUAUGAUAUUUCACUAUAUUCUAUGUAUUAAGUAUGUUAAUGUUAUAAUUAUAGAGUAUAGUAUAGUAUUGUCUUCACUAUAAAUACUAAAGAAAUAUAAUUAUAUAAUAUAUACUAAUAUAAUUAGUAAUAUGCAAUGAAAUAAUGAAUAGUGAAACUAUGAAGGGUAUGACUAUAACUAUAAUCAUAUUACUAAUUAUAUUAAUAUUAUCAUAUCAGUAUGGACCAGUCAGGCUAACCUCAUCAAAAACCAAGAAGUUAAAUUGGCCAUUUUGGACAAGAGUUAACUUCCCAUCGACAUGUCACAUGUCUUUGUUUACAGUUACACCUAAUAAAUAACUAACAUAAUAUUAACAGUUAAUAUUUUAUAACAGUACACCAAAUAAAUGCUUUACAUGCAUAAUUUUUUUCUUCUUAACUUAAAUUCUGUCUAAUCAUUAAAGUUAAAGCCUAGGACUCAUGACUAUGACCAGUAUGAUAAAUUUGUGCGUCAUUUUCAAUGAGCAAUAAUAUUAAUGCAUAUUCAAGACAGCAUCCAAAGAAAAUGUUUUCUUAUCCUUCUUGAUCAGUCAUCAGCAACAGAUGUAGAAGAGAUCAUGAAACGCAUUACAAGCCACAAAGGAGUCAGUAACAUGAUGGUUAUAAAUAAAAAUGGUGAGCUAAUCCUUAAAGAUAUAAUAUAUACUUUUUUAAAAGAAUAUCAAGCAUCCAAAUCUUUAAAAAUCUCAAAGGUUUGUUGGAGCAAAACUUAUUUUCAUAGUGAUAUUGUACGAGAAUAAAUUAGUUAUUAAAGACAAUUUUAGCAUAAUAAAAUUUUUAACAAAUAUUUCAUUCAAGGUUUUGAUUUCUGAAGUUGAAAUUAAUUAUAGAUAUAUUUAAUUUCAAGGCUGAUCAAACCAUUAUUCAGGGAAAUUAACACCUAAUUAUAAUAUUUAAAUUAUACAAGAUCAAGCAAAUAUUUUAUUUUAUGUUAGGUCUUCCACUGUACACGACAAUGGAAAUAACGGAUUCCACAGACACACAGAUAAAAAAUAUCCAUGAAUUGGCCAUUGCAGCAAGGCGUAUGGUAAGAGAUUUGGAUCCGAAAGAUGACUUAAUGUUUCUGCGCACAUCCUCAAGUACAUUUGAGCUUUUGAUAUCUCCAGGUUUGAGAUUUUCUUAAUUUGUUUUUUUAAUGUCGUAUAAAUACAUCCAUAAAUUUAGUUGUAAAAUUUUAACACAAUUUGUGACACAGCUCUAAAAUGUUUUAUUUUUUAUUGUUAAGAAAUAUAAACUCACAUCUUUGCUUCAUUGAAAAUUUUAAUUCAUAAACCUAGUAAUUUAAAAAGUAAAUUUAACAAUCAUUUGAGAUACUAAAUUUGCACCAACCAUUUUAUAGUACAGCACAACAAAUACUCUCCAGUACUGUUAAUCUUACAAAGAGUAUUGAGUUUGAUGUAAGUUAUCGCUACUAUCACCAAAUGUAACAAAAUAUUUAAGAUAAUAAUCAAUGUUAUAUCACAACUCUAAAACUUGACAAAAAAAAAAGAAAAAUAACAGUAGAGAUAUACCAUUUUCGGAUAAGAUAUUUACAAAAUUAAAUCACCCUUUCCAUGUAUUCCAUUCUAUGGCAUUAAAAAAUAGGUAUCGGGUAUUUAAAAUGUUAGAUUGCAAGAAGCAGUUAGCUUUUUUUUUGCUAUACUUAUUUUACCCCUUUGUUAUAUUAAUAUGAGACUGCUGCUAUUAAUUAAUCCAAAUUUUUCAAAAGUAAACAUUCUGUUCUUCGUUUCCAGAUACAGACUUCACAGUUGUUGUCAUUCAAGACAAGCUAUGAGUGCACAAACGGUUUUGAAAUAAUUUAUUCUUAAGACUUCACAAUUGAAUAAAAAGUUUUAAUUGUUUAGUACUGAACUUCUUUAAGCUUCAUUUUGUCUUUUAUAAAUUAAAAUAAUACAUUAAUAUAAAGUUAUUUUAUGAAAUAAAAAAUCUGCACUCUUAAUUUUUAAAAAAUGGAGAAUUUAAAGUUUAAGUUUCAUGAACAGAUGUUGAAUUGCUGUAGAGUUUCACUAUUAAGAUGAACGGGACUGAAAAUCCAUUGGGAAAUUUGGGAAAUGUGCCCAGGGUACUGAGACUAAAAGCAGGACAGCCUCAGGCGUAAGUGACCUCUUGAAAUUUCUGUUUUUCACAAGCAGUGUUGCUAAUAGUGAUAGUACUGAAGCAGCUGUAGUAGAAUCAGGUUUUACAGACCAUACAAGCUUUUAGUCAAUAGUCACUUUUUUAAUAUAUCAAGUUUCAUUGAUGCUGCAACUAUAUUUUUUAAUAUAUCAAGUUUCAUUGAUGCUGCAACCAUAUUUUUUAAUACAUCAAGUUUCAUUGAUGCUGCAAC